AUGGACCCUCUCACCCGCUGGCACAUCGACCCCAAGUCUUCCACCAUCGAGUCGGAAAGCCAGAAAAUCUUAUCCCACAUGCCCACCAGCGCCCUCAGUACAGCCGGCUCAAUGGCCAACUUCGUAGACCUCAUGCACAAGCACAUCACCCACCUAUACGAGCUACCUGGCGACACCCUCUACUCCCGCUACACGAUAGCCUUCAAGAUCAUCCAAACGGCCGUCCGCUGGAAGUUCACCGGCACGGGCUUUGAGCGGAACAGUGUCCGCACCUCCAGUAUAUCACCUGCGGAGAUCAGGCGUCUUUUCCGGCCGCUGGAUACGCAGUUUAAGAGUAUACUGAAGGAAGGGUUGAUGAGGAAGGGUGGCUUGCCGUGGGAUCAGGCGCUGUGUUUUUUGGAGACGCAUGGUGUGGAGCGAUUGUAUGCGGCGUCUUGGGAGUGGUUGAGGGAGUUGUUUCAUUAUGAGGAUGUGUCUCAAAAAUACGUUCCUCUCACCAUCAUCAAGGGCGCGGGCAAUGAGUACAUCCCCAUCCCCGAGGGCGAGAGCGCCAUCGUCGCAGACUUCCACUCCAUCCGCACCCAAACCACCGACUCCCCCACAUACCUGACCUCAGGAUUCUACCGCAUCAAAGCGGGCCCCACACGCAACAUCCCCACCUACGACUACGAGGAGACCAAGUACGUUCUCAACGGCCAAAUCGACGUACUAGACGAGGCAACCGGUGUCACACAUCACCUCGUUGCCGGCGACUUUGCUUUCUUCCACGUUGGCUCCAAGGCGCAGUUCUCGAGUAAAUCGGGUGGAACGGCUUUCUUUGCGGUUACUAGGCCGAUUAUUACGCAGCAUCCGGGGUUGAAGGGGAGGGAGGAGAAGGUGUUGAGUAAGUUGUAG